AGGGCUCGUCUCCACACCAAAAAUUUAAAAAAGAAACCUGCUUUUUAUUUUAGGUUAUUUUAAAAAGUGCCUUUUAUUCUUUUCCUAACUUUUCUUUUGGAAAUAUUAGAUAUAUUACUUUUGUAUAUACUGUACCAGCAGCCAGACUAGGACCCCUGCGUGAGGUCGCGAGUGAUAUAACAUCGCUAACUGCCGAGGGACCAGCGCUAAUCAGUUCAAUACCACGAUCUAACGGAAACAGACAUGGCUGCCAAUGGAAAAUUAGCUCUUCUCAGCGUCUCCGACAAAACUGGGCUUUUGCCGUUGGCAAAGUGUCUGUCGGACAUUGGCCUUCAGCUGGUGAGUACUGGGGGCACGGCCGCAGCUCUGCGCAAUGCCGGCCUCAAAGUCCUGGACGUGUCAGACAUCACUGGAGCCCCAGAAAUGCUCGGCGGACGUGUCAAGAGUCUACACCCAGCUGUGCAUGCUGGUAUUCUCUCCAGGUUAACCGAGUCGGACCAGGCAGACAUGAAACGUCAGAAGUUCGACAUGAUAUCCGUGGUCGUGUGCAACCUGUAUCCCUUCGUCCAGACGGUCUCCAAACCCGACGUCACCAUAGCCGAUGCUGUAGAGAACAUCGACAUUGGAGGCGUUACCCUUCUACGCGCAGCCGCUAAGAACCACGAAAGAGUGACCAUUGUAUGUGAUCCUAGCGAUUACGACAAAGUUAUUGAAGAGCUGAAGAACAGCAAGGACCAUCAGACUUCGAAGGAGACCAGGCAAAAGCUCGCCUUGAAGGCGUUCACGCAGACGUCGGAGUAUGACCUCGCCAUUUCGGACUACUUCCGCAAACAGUACUCCGCUGGCGAGUCUCAGCUCACUCUCAGAUACGGUAUGAACCCGCACCAGAAGCCAGCGCAGGUGUUCACGACCACGGACAGGCUGCCUAUGUCGACGCUGAACGGAGCUCCGGGGUUCAUCAACCUGUGCGACGCGCUGAACGCGUGGCAGCUGGUGCGGGAGCUGCGGCGUGCGCUGCGCCGGCCGGCCGCCGCCAGCUUCAAGCACGUGUCGCCCGCCGGCGCCGCGCUGGGGCUGCCGCUCACCGAGGAGGAGGCAGCAGUAUGCAUGGUGGAGGACCUCCUGCCGCAACUGACGCCGCUGGCGUGCGCCUACGCCCGCGCCCGCGGCGCCGACCGCAUGAGCUCCUUCGGAGACUUCGUGGCGCUGUCUGACGUGUGCGACGAGAUCACUGCCAAGAUUAUAUCCAGGGAAGUGUCGGACGGAAUAAUUGCCCCGGGGUACACGCCUGAGGCUCUCGCUGUGUUGAAGAAAAAGAAGGGCGGGAAUUACUGCGUUUUACAGAUGGACCCUACCUACGAACCGGCCCUUCUAGAACAGAAGACGAUCUUCGGUCUCACUCUAGAACAGAGACGCAACGAUGCAGAGAUCACCGAAGAUCUGUUCAAGAACAUCGUCACCAAUAAGAAAGAGUUGCCGGAAAAUGCAGUCAGGGAUCUUAUUGUCGCGACUAUUGCCCUCAAAUAUACGCAGAGUAACUCUGUCUGCUACGCUCGGGAUGGUCAGGUGAUCGGCAUCGGCGCGGGCCAGCAGUCCCGCAUCCACUGCACGCGGCUGGCGGGCGGCAAGGCGGCGCUGUGGUGGCUGCGGCGCCACCCGCGCGCGCUGCGCAUACGCUUCCGGCAGGGCGUCACGCGCGCCGUCCGCUCCAACGCCAUCGACAACUUCGUCAGUGGCACUAUCGGUGCGGACAUGCCACUAGAGCAAUGGAACGACUUAUUCGAGGGCGAACCACCCGCGCUAUUGACUGAAAAGGAACGCGAGGACUGGAUCAAGAAGAUGGACAAAGUGGCUCUCGCGUCUGAUGCCUUCUUCCCGUUCAGAGACAACAUUGAUAGAGCUGUCCAGUGUGGCGUGGAAUACAUCGGCAGUCCGUCUGGGUCCAACAACGACAAGGAAGUAAUAGACGCGUGUAAUGAUCAUAAGAUCACAAUGGCUCACACCAACCUGCGUCUUUUCCACCACUAGAGAGCUAUAACACGUCUUGGACGAUAUUAUAAAUAGACGAAGACUGGAGUUAAUACUUUUACGUAGUUACGUUAAUCCAUUCCAAUAGUUUCUAUAGUUAUGUGGAGCUUUUUUAUGUAUCUGUUUCUGUUACUGGUUUUUCGACACUAAAGUGUACACAAAUGGUUUUAUAUUUGUGUUUAAAAUGAAAAUUUACAAAUACAAAAUAUUCCUAAAGUUAUCAUGAAAUCUUCCGGAAAUCUAGAUAUAAGUAUAAGAGAGAAUAUAUUAAGAAUCUCUGCUUUUGUUAUGCAUUUAAUUGUUAAAUUAGGAUUAAGAACAUCCGUGCCUUAUUGUUUGUUAUCAAGUAUUUUUUAUAAUAAACUGGUAUUAUAUUUUUGAUAA